UCUGCCGCUCAGUGUUGCACAAACAGCUGCACUUUGGGCGACGAUUUUCUCUCGUCUCGACUCGCCUGAAAAAAAUGAUGGAACUGCACUCGAAUGAUGUUGAGCUGGAGGACGGCGAGCUAUCGGAGAGCGACGAUGAUGGCGUUUACACGCCGCUGCAGCGACCUGCAGGUGCGGAGAAGGUGGCCAGUCCCCUUACCACCUGCCACCAGAUCCAGACGGCGCUGGAGGACGAAUCACAAAGCAACAGCGACUCCUCGACGGCGGAAUCUUCCGAGGACGGGUGCAUCAAAAAGCUGCGCACGGAUUCCAGCGGACCCGGUGGCCACAAGAAGCAGAAAAAGCGAAUUCGGCGCACGGUAAUGCGACGCGUUCCACCCACGGAUGCUGAGAUGCAGCCGAAUCGAACCCGUUUUAAGAAGUACAACGUGUGGGCUUCCGCCCUGCAAGAGGAUGCGCUCAGCGAGAAUAUGCGUGGCUGCGAUGUUACCCGAAGUGGUCGGGAUCGAAAUGUAGAGAACUACGACUUCUCACUGCGAUAUCGGCUUAACGGCGAGAACAGCCUAAAGCGACGACUCUCAAACUCCUCGGAAGACGGCGGUGAAUUUUCCCAUCCAGCCCAGAAAAGGGGAAGACCUUCUAGUCGGCCCAUCACCGGGAAUCAACAACGCGGGUUGGUCAAAAGUAGACUCGGACACCGGUCACGUCGUGGCACAUCCUCAGCCAGCGGAUCAUCCGAUUCCUGCGAGCCCAGACACAUUCUGGACUUAAACGAAGUGGGUGAGAGGGAUCCUUCGGAUGUAGCUAACGAAAUGGCCACCAAACUGUACGAAGAUAAGGACGAGUUACUUGUUCGAGUUGUGGAGGUCCUUGGCAUAGAUUUGUGCUUAGAGAUCUACAAAGAAACUCAGCGCAUUGAAGCCGAUGGCGGCAUGAUGAUCAAAAACGGCAACCGGAGACGUACACCAGGCGGUGUAUUCUUGUUCCUGCUAAAGCACCACGAUAACAUUACUCAGGAGCAGCAGAAGCGCAUUUUUAGUGAGGAUCGCCAGAGCCUAAGCAAGUCGCGAAAGCAGAUCGAAACGCUGAUGCGGGACCGAAAGGUAGAGGAGUUAAAGAAGUGCCUCAGCAAGCAGGUCACAGAACUGCCCACGUUAAAUCAGCGCAAGGAGUACUACAUGCAGGGUGACGAGCAAAGGGAAGAUAAGCUACCGGGCAACUUGUCCAACCCGCCACCCUCCCCCGUUGGUGCUGGACAGGAGCAGGAUAGCCCUGAGUACAGAACCCACGAGAUCAACAUAAACCUUGUGGACAACGCCGAACUUCCCUCCACAUCCAAAGCAGCAGCGGCGGCUCAGGGAGCGCCACUGAAGGAUUUAAUCAGCUACGACGACGACUUUCUGAGCGUUAAUUGCGGGGACAUGGACUUUUUCUAGGCCCACGCCAAGCGUCGGGCCCCUUUUAUACCAUACUUGCAUAGAUAGACCCAUAUUUGUACAAUUAAAUAA